ACUGUCAGCCACUGGGGAGAACCCAGCAGAAACCCUUCAACUCUUGAAAACAAGAAGAAAAGUACAACCAUGGGGGAUGGAGAAAUGGAGUGUUUUGGCCCGGCGGCCAUUUACCUCCGGAAGCCAGAGAGAGAGAGAAUAGAGGCCCAGAACACUCCCUUUGAUGCCAAAUCGGCGUACUUUGUGAUCGAUGCAGACGAGAUGUACCUGAAGGGUACUCUUACAAGUAGAGAGGGUGGCAAAGCUACUGUCAAAACUCACAGUGGGAAAACCGUCACGGUAAAAGAAGAUGAGGUUUUCCCCAUGAAUCCUCCCAAGUUUGACAAAAUUGAGGACAUGGCCAUGAUGACCCACCUCAACGAGCCAUCUGUGCUGUAUAACCUCAAAGAGCGUUACGCAGCAUGGAUGAUCUAUACCUACUCUGGCUUGUUCUGCGUCACUGUCAAUCCAUACAAAUGGCUCCCAGUGUACGACGCAGUUGUUGUGGCUGGAUACAGAGGCAAGAAGAGGAUUGAAGCCCCACCUCACAUCUUCUCCAUCUCUGACAACGCCUACCAGUUCAUGCUCACUGAUCGUGAAAACCAGUCUGUCCUGAUCACUGGAGAAUCUGGUGCAGGAAAGACUGUGAACACGAAACGUGUCAUUCAGUACUUUGCAACUGUUGGUGCCAUGUCUGGAGCAAAGAAACAAGAGCCUGUUGCUGGAAAAAUGCAGGGGUCACUGGAGGACCAGAUCAUUGCUGCAAACCCUCUGCUGGAGGCUUAUGGUAAUGCCAAGACUGUGAGGAAUGACAACUCCUCUCGUUUUGGAAAAUUCAUCAGGAUUCAUUUUGGGUCCACUGGAAAACUGGCCUCAGCUGACAUUGAAACCUAUCUGCUGGAAAAGUCAAGAGUAACAUUCCAGCUGUCUGCUGAGAGGAGUUACCACAUCUUCUACCAGCUCAUGACUGGACACAAGCCAGAGCUGCUGGAGGCCCUGCUCAUCACCACCAACCCUUAUGACUAUCCAAUGAUCAGCCAGGGUGAAAUCACUGUCAAGAGCAUCAAUGAUGUGGAGGAGUUCAUUGCCACAGAUACUGCCAUUGACAUUCUGGGUUUCACUGCUGAUGAGAAAAUCGCCAUCUACAAGCUGACCGGUGCUGUGAUGCAUCAUGGGAGCAUGAAGUUCAAACAGAAGCAGAGAGAGGAGCAGGCUGAACCUGAUGGCACUGAGGUGGCUGAUAAAAUCGCCUACCUCAUGGGCCUCAACUCUGCUGACAUGCUGAAAGCUCUGUGUUACCCCAGAGUGAAGGUCGGAAACGAGAUGGUGACCAAAGGCCAGACAGUCCCGCAGGUGAACAACGCAGUGUCAGCUCUCUGCAAGUCUGUCUAUGAGAAAAUGUUCUUGUGGAUGGUCAUCCGUAUCAAUGAGAUGUUGGACACAAAGCAGCCCAGACAGUUCUUCAUUGGUGUGCUGGACAUUGCUGGAUUUGAGAUCUUUGAUUACAACAGCUUGGAGCAGCUUUGCAUCAACUUCACAAAUGAGAAACUGCAACAGUUCUUCAACCACCACAUGUUUGUUCUGGAGCAAGAGGAGUACAAGAAAGAAGGCAUCGAAUGGGAGUUCAUUGACUUCGGUAUGGACUUGGCUGCCUGCAUUGAGCUCAUUGAGAAGCCAAUGGGCAUCUUCUCCAUCCUUGAAGAGGAGUGCAUGUUCCCCAAGGCCACAGACACAAGCUUUAAAAACAAACUACAUGACCAGCAUCUGGGCAAAUGUUCAGCUUUCCAGAAGCCCAAGCCUGCCAAAGGUAAGGCAGAGGCUCACUUCUCUCUAGUGCACUACGCCGGCACUGUGGACUACAACAUUGUUGGCUGGCUGGAUAAGAACAAGGAUCCACUGAACGACUCUGUUGUGCAACUCUACCAAAAGUCAUCGGUCAAACUGUUAUCCUUCCUGUAUGCCUCUCAUGCCGCUGCUGAAGCUGAGGGUGGUGGAGGAAAGAAAGGAGGCAAGAAGAAGGGUGGUUCCUUCCAGACUGUGUCUGCACUGUUUAGGGAGAACUUGGGUAAGCUGAUGACUAACCUGAGGAGCACUCACCCUCACUUUGUGCGCUGCUUGAUUCCUAAUGAGUCCAAGACUCCAGGUCUGAUGGAGAACUUCCUGGUUAUCCACCAGCUCAGGUGUAACGGUGUGCUGGAGGGUAUCAGAAUCUGCAGGAAGGGUUUCCCCAGCAGAAUCCUCUACGGUGACUUCAAGCAGCGGUACAAAGUAUUGAAUGCUAGUGUCAUUCCUGAGGGACAGUUCAUCGACAACAAAAAGGCUUCAGAGAAACUCUUGGGCUCUAUUGAUGUUGAUCACACCCAAUACAAGUUUGGACACACCAAGGUGUUCUUCAAAGCUGGUCUGCUGGGUACUCUUGAGGAGAUGAGAGACGAAAAACUUGCAACGUUGGUUACCAUGACUCAAGCUUUGUGCCGUGGAUUCGUCAUGAGAAAGGAGUUUGUCAAAAUGAUGGAGAGGAGAGAAGCAAUUUAUUCCAUCCAAUACAACAUCCGCUCAUUCAUGAAUGUCAAACAUUGGCCAUGGAUGAAGCUCUACUUCAAGAUCAAGCCUCUUCUGAAGAGUGCAGAGACUGAGAAAGAAAUGGCAGCCAUGAAGGAGAACUUUGAGAAAAUGAAAGAAGAUCUAACGAAGGCAUUGGCUAAAAAGAAGGAGCUGGAGGAGAAAAUGGUGUCACUUCUUCAGGAGAAAAAUGACCUUCAACUACAAGUAGCAUCUGAAAGUGAAAACCUCUCAGAUGCUGAGGAGAGAUGUGAAGGUCUCAUCAAAAGCAAGAUCCAGCUCGAGGCUAAACUCAAAGAGACAACCGAGAGGCUGGAAGAUGAGGAGGAAAUCAAUGCUGAACUGACGGCCAAGAAGAGGAAGCUGGAGGACGAAUGCUCCGAGCUGAAGAAAGACAUUGAUGACCUGGAGCUCACUUUAGCCAAAGUGGAGAAGGAGAAACAUGCAACAGAAAAUAAGGUGAAAAACCUGACAGAGGAGAUGGCCUCUCAGGAUGAGAGCAUUGCCAAGCUGACCAAAGAGAAGAAAGCCCUCCAAGAGGCGCAUCAGCAGACCCUUGAUGACCUUCAGGCAGAGGAAGACAAAGUCAACACUCUGACUAAAUCUAAGAGCAAGCUUGAGCAGCAAGUGGAUGAUCUUGAGGGCUCCCUGGAGCAAGAGAAGAAGCUCCGUAUGGAUCUUGAGAGAGCCAAGAGGAAGCUUGAGGGUGACCUGAAACUGGCCCAAGAGUCCAUAAUGGACCUGGAGAACGACAAGCAGCAAUCCGAGGAGAAGAUCAAGAAGUGA